AUGAAUCAGUGUGAGGACAAAGAGCAGGAAGUCCGUCCCUCUAAAACCGCUCUGUGUGGAGGACAUGACGGACAGACCGAAGCUCAGAGCCCAGAACAGCAACGGCACACAGCAGACCCUCCUGAACCUGGACCUGAACCUGAACCUGAACCUGCACCUGAACCCAGCUGUUUGUCUUUAAAGAGUGACAGCUCGAAGGAUUUUUUCAUUGAUUUUAAACAACAACAUAUAUCUGACAGAAGAGUCGACCAGGAGAGCUCAGAAGUUCCCAGUGGUCAAUCAGCCCAGCAGCAACAAACGCACCUGGAUUCCAUAUUUAUGCUGCUGCAGGAGAACAUUGUCACUUUUGUGAAGUAUGAGCUGAAGAAGAUCCAGAGGGUUCUGAGUCCAGUUAACCCCCCAGACAGUCAGAGAGAGGAUAAGGAGGUGUUGGAUGGUGAGGAUGAGGAGCAGAGGAGGAGCAGCAGAGAGGCAUUUCUUAUUAUCACACUGCACUUCCUGAGGCGAAUGAAGUAUGAGGAGCUGGCUGACUGUCUGCAAUGCAGAAGUCCUGACAGGGUUUGUCAGCGUAAACUAAAAUCUAACCUGAAGACGAAGUUCCAGUGUCUGUUUGAGGGUAUUGCUAAAGCAGGAAACCCAACCCUUCUGAAUCAGAUCUACACAGAGCUCUAUGUCACAGAGGGGGAUACUGGAAAGACCAAUAAUGAACAUGAAGUAAGACAGAUUGAAACAGCGUCCAGGAAAAGUGCAGAAAGCACAAUCAGACCAGAGGACAUCUUUAAACCCUCACCUGGAAGAGAUGAACCAAUCAGAACAGUGAUGUCAAAGGGCGUGGCUGGCAUUGGGAAAACAGUCCUAACACAGAAGUUCACUCUGGACUGGGCUGAAGACAAAACCAACCACGACAUACAGUUCACAUUUCCAUUCGCUUUCAGAGAGCUGAAUGUGUUGAAAGAGAAAAAGUACAGCUUGGUGGACCUUGUUCAUCACUUCUUUACUGGAACCAAAGAAGCAGGAAUCUGCAGCUUUGAAGAGUUGCAGGUUGUGUUCAUCUUUGACGGUCUGGAUGAGUGUCGACUUCCUUUGGAUUUCCAUAACAAUGAGAUCCUAACUGAUGCUACAAAGUCCACAUCAGUGGAUGUGCUGCUGACAAACCUCAUCAGGGGGAAACUGCUUCCCUCUGCUCGCCUCUGGAUAACCACACGACCUGCAGCAGCCAAUCAGAUCCCCCCUGAGUGUGUUGACUUGGUGACAGAGAUCAGGGGUUUCACUGACCCACGGAAGGAGGAGUACUUCAGGAAGAGAUUCAGAGAUGAGGAGCAGGCCAAAAGAAUCAUCUCCCACAUCAAGACAUCACGAAGCCUCCACAUCAUGUGCCACAUCCCGGUCUUCUGCUGGAUCACUGCCACAGUUCUCGAGGAUGUAUUAAAGACCAGAGGGGUAAGAGAGUUGCCCAAGACCCUGACUGAGAUGUACAUCCACUUUCUGGUGGUUCAGUUGAAACUUAAGAAUAUCAAGUAUGAUGGAGGAGCUGAGUCAGAUCCACACUGGACUCCAGAGAGCAGGAAGAUGAUUGAGUCUCUGGGAAAACUGUCUUUUGAGCAGCUGCAGAAAGGAAACCUGAUCUUCUACGAAUCAGACCUGACAGAGUGUGGCAUCGAUAUCAGAGCAGCCUCAGUGUACUCAGGAGUGUUCACACAGAUCUUUAAAGAGGAGCGAGGACUGUACCAGGACAAGGUGUUCUGCUUCGUCCAUCUGAGUGUUCAGGAGUUUCUGGCUGCUCUUCAUGUCCAUCUGACCUUCACCAACUCUGGUGUCAAUCUGCUGUCAGAAGAACAGUCAAGCUCCCAAAAGGCUGAAACGAGAAAAGAUGAAUCUGCAGAGAUACACUUCUACCAGAGUGCUGUGGACAAGGCCUUACUAAGUCCAAAUGGACACCUGGACUUGUUCCUUCGAUUUCUCCUGGGUCUUUCACUGCAGACCAAUCAGACUCUCCUACAAGGCCUGCUGACACAGACAGGAAGUGUCCCGAAAACCAGUCAAGAAACAGUUGAGUACAUCAAGAAGAAGAUCGAAGAGACUCUCUCUGCAGAGGAAAGCAUCAAUCUGUUCCACUGUCUGAAUGAACUGAAUGAUAGUUCUCUAGUGGAACAGAUCCAACAGUCCCUGAGUUCAAAAAGAUUCUCCACAGAUAAACUGUCUCCUGCUCAGUGGUCAGCUCUGGUCUUCAUCUUACUGUCAUCAGAAAAAGAUCUGGACGUGUUUGACCUGAAGAAAUACUCUGCUUCAGAGGAGGCUCUCCUGAGGCUGCUGCCAGUGGUCAAAGCCUCCAAGAAAGCUCUGUUGAGCGGCUGUAACCUCUCCCAGAGGAGCUGUGAAGCUCUGUCUUCUGUUUUUAGCUCCCCGUCCUCUACUCUGAGAAAGCUGGACCUGAGCAACAACAACCUGCAGGAUUCAGGAGUCAAGCUGCUGUCGGCUGGACUGCAGAGUCCUCACUGUACACUGGAAACUCUCAGGCUGUCAGGCUGUCUGAUCACAGAGGAUGGCUGUGCUUCUCUGGCCUCAGCUCUGAGCUCCAACCCCUCCCACCUGAGAAAACUGGACCUGAGAUACAAUCAUGCAGGAGACGCAGGAGUGAAGCUGCUGUCUGCUGGACUGGAGGCGCCACACUGGAGACUGGACACUCUCAGGGUGGAGCCUGCUGGAGUCCGAUGGUUGAGACCAGGUCUGAGGAAGUAUUCCUGUGAACUCACACUCGACACAAACACAGUACACAGACACCUCAAACUGUCUGACAGCAACAGGAAGGUGACGUUUGUGGAGGAGGAUCAGUCUUAUCCUGAUCAUCCAGACAGGUUUGACUACAAGCCGCAGCUGCUGUGUCGAAAUGGUCUGACUGGUCGCUGUUACUGGGAGGUCGAGUGGAGAGGAGGAGUUGAUAUAUCAGUGACUUACAGAGGAAUCAGAAGGAGAGGAAACAGUGAAGACUGCGACUUCGGAUUGAAUGAUCAGUCAUGGAGCAUGAUCUGCUCCGGCGGUGGUUACUUUGUCUGGCACAAUAACAGAAGAACGUCCAUCUCCUCCUCCUCUGUCUCGAACAGAGUAGCGGUGUAUGUGGACUGGCCUUCUGGUGCUCUGUCCUUCUACAGAGUCUCCUCUGACACACUGAUCCACCUCCACACCUUCAACACCACAUUCACUGAACCUCUUUAUGCUGGGUUUGGGUUUGGAGCCUUGUCUAGUUCCUAUGGUUCCUCUGUGUCUCUGUGUUCUUUGUAG